GGAAGGACUGGUAUUAUGGUCUAUCCACGAAUGAAUCAGUACAUUGCUCUCGCCUAGGCAUCGAAGUACUUCUAUAUACCUAGCCACGGGACGAAGAUGGCAACUCUCCAACUGGCCUCGUGGGCCACUAAUCUGACAUUCGCGGAUCUCACACCUCUAGUAAUCGAAGCAGCAGUGAACAGCAUCUAUAACUGGGCGGGCUGUGCUAUCGGCGGCUACGCUCAAGAUGCGCCCCAUAUAGCACAAAUUACGAUGCAGCCGUUCUUCGGCGGCCCGCCUACGUCGAGCAUACUCGGGUCCAACGGUUCUAUAAGUGAAGGAUAUGCAGAUGCACAACUAGCAGCUUUCCUGAACGGCAUCGCCUCGCACGUCGAUGACUACGACGACACUCAUCUAGAAACCAUCAUCCAUCCCACGGGGGUAGUAGCCAGUGCGUUGCUGGCCGUCGCAGAAUGGAAAGGCCCUGUGACGGGAGAGGACUUCCUCACGGCGUUCGUCGCGGGUGUCGAGGCCGAGUGUAAGCUAGGGUUGAGCGUCACGCCGGAACACUACGACGUGGGAUGGCACAUCACUAGCACCGUGGGGAGUAUCGGGGCCUCGGUAGCCGUGGGCAAACUCAUCGGCCUAGACGUGGCCCAAAUGCAGAACGCCAUCGGCGUAGCGUCAACACAGGUAGUUGGUAUGCAAGAGUUCUUCGGGUCUAUGACGAAGUCCUUCCACGUGGGACGCGCUGCCCAAGGUGGCAUGCUCGGCGCACUCCUGGCUAAGAAUAACUACACGAGUUCGCUGCAAGCAUUAGAGGCGAAAUACGGGUGGCUGCAUGUCGUGAGCACACGCGAGAAUGCGACGGCGUACUUCGACCAGCUCGGGCACAUCUGGGAGAUUGAGAAGAACACAUUCAAGCCGUUCCCGUGCGGCAUCGUGUUGCACCCUACCAUCGAUGCAGCGACGCAGCUGCACAACGAGAGCAUAGAGCAGGGCAAGGACAUCGCGUCGAUAAAAAGCAUCAACCUGCAAGUUAAUUCAGAGGUAUUAGUGCUCACGGGGAAGACGAGCCCGAAGACGGGCCUCGAGGGCAAGUUCAGCGUAUAUCACGCGGCGGCCGUGGGGAUACUCUACGGCGAGGCGACGCCUACGUAUUUCACGGACGAGGUGGUGACAAAUGCGACCGUCGUCGAGUUUAGGAAGAAGGUCAACGUCGUGACGGAUGACAAGCGGUUCAGCAAAGACCAAGCUACGAUGACGAUCGAGUUCGAGGACGGCAGCACCCUCGAGAAACACAUCGAGCAUGCUAUCGGCAGCUUGGAGAACCCGUUGACGGAGGCACAGCUGCAGAAGAAGUUCAUCGAUCAGGUAUCGAAAAGGAUUGGGGAUACCAGGGCGGAAAAGGCUGAUGCGGCUUUCAAGGGGAUUGGGAACAUGACUGAUGUUGGACAGCUAAGGACACUGUAUUGAUGAUAUGAGAUAAGUAAUGAGCUAUAAUCGUAGAAUUUCUUUCUGGGUAUACUACCAUGCACGCAUGCACCGAGAAAUCAAUUAAUUACCCCAAUUAUUAGGAAACCUACUUAAAUUUUCGCCAAUGCAGUCAGUGUAGCAGCUGAAUCACAAUAGGCAGUCUGCCCGAUAAGACCUGAGUGAAACUUGGAGCAACUUAAGACAUUCUCUAAUAUUCAAU